AUGAGAGAGAGGAUCAAAGAGACAGGCAGAGAAAUAAUCAUCAUGGUGUCAAUGGAGAGCGGUGGUGGUGGACAAAACCAGAAAAAAUUGAACAAGUAUGCUGCUGGAUGUUCUAUAGUUGCUUCAUUGAUAUCCAUUAUAUUUGGAUAUGGUGAGUUCCUUCUACUUCCUUUCCCUCUUGAAUAUUUUCAUUUUUCAGACACUGGAGUAAUGAGUGGAGCCAUGAUAUUCAUAAAAGAAGAACUGAAAAUCCAUGACUCGAAAGUGGAAGUUCUUGCUGGAAUCUUAAACAUAUGUGCCCUGUUCGGUUCUCUUCUUGCUGGAAGAACCUCUGAUUAUAUUGGCAGGCGUUACACCAUUUUUGUAGCCUGCAUCAUCUUCAUGCUUGGUUCAAUCCUGAUGGGGUACGCUCCAGAUUUCGGUGUCCUGAUGGCAGGACGAUGCACUGCAGGGAUCGGUGUAGGCUUUGCCCUAAUGAUUGCUCCUGUUUAUUCAGCAGAAAUUUCCUCGCCUUCGUAUCGAGGUUUUCUGACUUGUCUACCAGAGCUUGGAAUAAGUAUCGGUGUUUUACUUGGCUACAUAUCAAAUGUUGCUUUUGGAAAAUUGAGCCUGAAACUUGGUUGGAGAAUGAUGCUCGGCGUUGCAGCUAUACCUUCACUUGCCUUGGCCAUUGGCAUCCUAAACAUGCCAGAGUCUCCAAGGUGGUUAGUGAUGGAAGGUCGUUUAGGAGAAGCCAAGAAAAUCCUGUGCAGAGUAUCGAAUUCUGAAGAAGAAGCUGAAGCCCGUUUUCGCGACAUAAAAGUAGCAGCUGGGAUGGAUGUGAAUUGCAACGACGACUUUGUCAAACCUGAUCCCCAGAAGAAAACUCAUGGAGAAGGGGUCUGGAAAGAGCUAAUUUUAAGGCCAACACCGGCAGUCCGUUGGAUACUAAUUGCCGCCGUCGGAAUCCAUUUCUUUGAGCAUGCAGUUGGGAUCGAAGCAGUCAUUUUAUACAGUCCAAGAAUCUUCAAGAAAGCUGGUAUCGUUGACAAGGAAAAGCUAUUGCUUGCAAGCGUUGGUGUGGGGCUUACAAAGUUCGUAUUUGUAUUCAUUUCCACUUUUUUGGUAGAUAGAGUUGGAAGAAGGCGUCUUCUUCUUGUUAGCACAUCAGGUAUCGCAGCAGCCCUAGCAGUAUUAGGAGCUUGCUUGACUAUAGUGGAGGAUCACCAUGGAAAGCAGCUGGUGUGGGCACUAAGCCUUAGCAUAAUUUCUACAUAUACGUUCGUAGCUUUCUUCAAUAUUGGGCUUGCACCAGUCACAUGGGUGUACAGCUCUGAAAUAUUUCCUUUGAAGCUAAGGGCGCAAGGGUAUAGUAUUGGAGUUGCUGUGAAUAGGCUCAUGAAUGCCACUAUUUCUAUGAGUUUUCUUUCACUCUAUGAAGCAAUUACCAUUGGAGGAGCUUUCUUCUUGUUUGCUGGUAUAUCUGUGCUUGCCUGGUUUUUCUUCUAUUUCCUAUUCCCAGAGACAAAAGGAAGGUCCUUGGAAGACAUAGAAGAGCUAUUUAGCAAGGGUAUUAGGGGUAGAGUUGAAGGUUUAGCAAUGCAAAGGAGGAGUGAUAUGUAA